AUGCCCCUUCGGAUGGGGUCUCCCCCUGUGGAGAAAGCAAAGGAGACCCAGCAGAAAGAGAAGAAGCAGAGCAUCUAUCCAGCUGUGGCGGCCCUGCAGCUGUUCACUCUCUUCUGCUGUGGAGGGAAAGUCAAGCUGAAGAAAACUCGUCCCUCUCAGCACAGACAGAGUAAAAAGGACCAGGACGAAGAUAAUGCAUCUGAUACUGGCUCAGACUGGUCUGGAGGAGAUGUUACAACCAAAAAGGUCAAGGACAAGAGUAAUGGAAAGGCAAAUCAAAGGACACCCCGGCAAGUGAAGACCCAUGUGGAGAAAAUGUACAUAAGUCCUGACUCUCCGACUCUACCACGUGCCCACAGCUCCCUCUCCCAGUUCUCCCUGGCUAGGAACCUGGCCAUCCUCCCGCUGGAGUGGCAGCUACCUGGAGUCCCUCUGACCACCUCGUCUAUGGCAACUAGGACAGAGAGAAAGCCAUCCACUACCAACACUUCGACACAGGCGCAGACAGAAACACAGACAACAGAUAUGAACACAGACACACAGACCACUGCCACCUCUCAGAGACAGAUCUCCAUGGUGACCACCCAGUCAUCAGAGACCAUGACAGAGGUUCACACAUCAGACUCAAGCUCCCAGAACUCCACUCCUGACAUGGCACUGACCCCUGAGAGCACUAAGGACAUGAUUGCUACUGAUGAGGAUGUGAAGGAUGACUCUGCUGAAGAUUUGAUCUCCACCCUAACAGACACCUCUAUGGAGAAAUCUGUCAGUGAGACCAGCCUGAAAGCCCUCAUCGCUGAGGAUGAGGAAGAUAACAAUGAGAUGAAGGAUAUGGCUGCCUCCGCUAGCCCUGCAACUGAUAAUGCCAAUGAGGAUGCAAAGCUACUGGAGCUUGCAGCACUUUAUGACUACAUGUUGACAGUGGAGACCGAGCUGUAGGCCUAAUGAACAUUUCAAUAUAGCAAAAGCUAUACUAUGAUCAAUUAAUAAAAACAGUUAAUAUUUCUGCAGCAAAUGUUCACUACUGUUGAUAUG